CCUCAACCAAACAUCCAUAAACAAGGAAGGGAUCAAGCUAGCUAGCUAGCUUACUAUACAUAGUAUACACAAGGCCAUGUGACAAUGGCACUGGCUCUGGCAGUACCCAUGAGCAAAGCUAGUAGAGUGAGGACUCCACUCAAAGAUGUCACAGCAUUUGUGAAGAGGGUUAGAAGCAUACUAAAAAAGAAGGAGUCUACUCUGGGCAUAAGCAUAUCUGAAGUAUACCUUGGAGGGUCCCUGGGGCAAGAGACAAGUCUGCCUGCACACUUUGAUGUUGAUCUAUGCAUCUAUUCACCAAGUCUGCAUCCGAGCACGAAAGAGGCAUCUGAGGAACAGUACAAAUUCAUACUGGGCAGAACAAUCAAGUGCCUAAGGCACUCCAUGACUGACAUAAAGAACAUUGAGAGGUUGUACCACGGCUGGCGUUUCGAGACCUCUAACCUGAACAUUGAUUUACAACUCAGUCCUCAAUGGAAGAAACAAAGCUUGGAGGAUUUGUACGACUACCUCAAAGGAAUGCAUCCAAAGAGGAGGAAUUUGUUUUGCUGUGGACUGUUCAAGUAUCAGACAAUGCUAGUAAAAUCACAACCACAACAAGUAAAAACACUUAUAAAAAGAUUCAAGGCAUGGAGAAACAGAACAUGGGACAAGCAGAAAAAUGGCUGCCCUAAAUCCUACCUACUGUCUAUGCUCGUACUGAUAUCCUACAAACAUGCACCUGCUGAGUUAGCACAGGCAGAAUCACUAGAAGAACUGGCAAAAUGGAUGACCAAGGAUAUCAAGAAGCUGGUCGAGAGUAUUGCUAUAAAUCAAGACCUAGACAUUCACGUCCCCGGGGAGAACCCUGUGAUUAUGGAGAAGUACGGUCACUACCUACCCGAGAAGCCACGCAUCAUCGACCCAUCCAACCCUUACAAGAACCUCUACAAACAUGGCGUCUGUCAAAUUGAGCCACAGAAGAAAGAUUCGUUUCCCAAGAGAUGGCAGUUGUUUCUCAGAGAGAUCCAUAACUUAGAUCUGACUGUUGACUUUUGAUCAUUCAUCCUUGUGUAUA